UUUUAUAAAAAGUUAAAAUAAAAUUUAUAAUGAUGGAAUUCGAUUCGAUCCAGCAGAGGAUUGAGGCCAAAGGUCAGCAUUCCAUCGUUCAUUUGCUCAAAAGUGCGCUUAAACGUUUCAUGAAAAUUAAAAAUUUCUACAUCUCUCUUCUUAUACCCAUCAUAUUCUCGCCUCUGAUUAUAUCCUAUAACACCAAGGAAAUCAGAUGUGCCUAUGUCUGUCUUGUAACCAUAGGAUUCCUAGUAUCUCAAGCUCUUCCAUUAGCCCUUUCAUCUCUAAUCCCAGCUUUAUUAUUUCCCAUGUUUGGUAUAUUGAAUGUCAAAGAUGUCUCAUCGAUGUACUUUCAGGAUCCUAUCCUCUUAUUCUUCGCAUCUGUCAUAUUAGCGAAAGGUAUUCAAUCGACCAAUUUGCACAAAAGAAUAGCCUUAAAUAUGUUGAUGCAUUCAGGCUCUAAACCUAUAUGGAUGGUUUUAGGCUUCAUAAUGUCCACAUUCUUCAUAUCCAUUUGGAUAAACAACUCCGCCACCGCAGUACUAAUGACGCCAGUAGCUAUUGGGGUCAUGGAAGAAUUUCAUAAGUUCAAGAAAGUUUCGGUGAUCACAAAAGCCAAAACGAUAUCGAAACACGAAUUGUUUAACGAAAAAGAAAAUGAACAAACGGUAGUUAUCAUCAAUGAUGUUAAAGAUAAAGAAGAUUUAAUCGAUUCUGAUUCCAGCACCAGCUUGUCAAAGCACGAUGAUGACAAAUUGCAAAACCUUCGCAAAUGUAUAUUUAUAGGGAUCGCUUAUGCUUGUAAUAUAGGCGGAACGGCAUCCCUCACUGGCACACCUCCAAAUUUGAUAAUGACCGGAUUUUUAACUGUUCUGUUCGGAGCCAAAGCGGAAAUAAGCUUUGUGACGUGGUUUCUAUAUUCUUUUCCGGGUGCACUCAUCAUCAUAAUUCUAACAUGGAUGCAAUUAUGUUUUUACUUCAUAGGAUUUAAAGAAACCUUUCGGCAAAUGGGAAAUAAAAAAUCUACGGAAGAUCCUAGAUCGUUCAUCAGGGAACAACUAAAUAAACUAGGAAAAUUUAGGCAAAAUGAAAUCACAAUCUUAUGCUUAUUUAUCACCCUAGUUGGUCUAUGGAUUUUCAAAAAUCCGAAAUUCAUUCCAGGAUGGCUGAUAUUCUUUGAAAAAAACUAUGUCUCUGAUGCGACACCCGCGCUAUUAAUUGCUCUUCUGCUCUUCAUAUUACCCUGUGAUUUUAGGUCCGUGCUUAUGAUCAAAGAUAAUAGUGGAGAAAUUCCUGAUUAUCAGCCUUUGCUAAUAUGGAAGGAUAUCUAUCAUGACUUGAUGUGGGACAUUAAUUUGCUUUUAGGAGGUGGAUUAGCUAUGGCUGCUGGAUUUAAGGCUUCUGGGCUCUCAAGAUAUUUGGUGAGGUCUUUUGAUAUAUUGCGUAUAUUCCCACACCAACUUCUGGUCAUCACAUUUUCGACUUUUACUUCCCUAAUCACUGAAGUACUCAACAAUAUCGCCACAGCUAGUAUAAUGCUUCCAAUAAUCUCGGAAAUCGCGGUUAGUAUCAAAGUUAACCCACUGUACUUUAUGUUCCCCGUUACCUUGGCAGCUUCUUAUUGCUUCAUGCUUCCUAUAGGAACUGCCCCUAACGCCAUUGUUUUCUCGGCUGGAAAACUGAAAUUUCUCGACAUGGUAUGA